AUGACAGACAAGGCGUCUUUCAGCUUGCUUGAGGCAAGCAUUAGCGAUCUCAAACAGUUGCUAAACACUCGAGUCAUCACAAGCGUCGAGCUAGUCUCUCUCUACCUGCAUCGCAUCGGCAAGUAUGACUGCCGGGGUCCACGUCUCAACUCGAUCUGUGUCCUUAACCCUGAUGUCUUCACAGAGGCCCAAGCCUCGGAUGACUUCCGCGCUUCUGGAAAGCCACCACGGACUCUGGAGGGUAUCCCGUUCACGGUCAAGGAUGGCUACAAGGUCAAAGGCAUGACCGUAUCUGCUGCAUCACCUGCUUUCGCUAGUCUCAAAGCAUCAUCGGAUGCAGCCAUUGUGGAGUUGCUCCGCAAAGCGGGAGCGGUUGUCUUGGGAAAGACCAACAUGCCGCCAAUGGCGGACGGUGGUUGUCAACGCGGUCUGUAUGGCCGCUCCGAGAGUCCAUACAACCAAAAGUACAUGUGCACCGCUUAUGCCUCUGGUUCCUCCUACGGCUGCGGAGUCUCUACGGCGGCAGGCUUUGCUGCAUUUGGGUUUGCUGGAGAAGCUGUCACAUCAGGCCGCUCUCCAGCGUCCAACAAUGCGCUGGUUGCCUACGCCCCUUCACGCAGUGUCAUUCCUUGCCGUGGCUUGUGGCCGUUAUAUCCAACUUGUGACCAGGUCGUCCCUCACACGAAAACUGUGUCAGACUUGUUCCAGGUGCUGAAUGUCGUUGUUGCAGAUGAUAACGCUUCUGGAGACGCAGAUUUCUGGCGUGAGCAGCCGUAUGUGCCACUUCCAAAGGCCAGCGACAUCCGUCCGGCGGACUAUCAGUCGUUGGCUGACCCGGACGCGCUUCGAAACAAACGAGUUGUAGUCCCCAAAUGCUUUAUUGGAGUUCGGGACGCCAAGCCAAAAAAUGCCUGCUCCAGUGGAGUUCUCGUUCUCUGGGAAAGAGCACGGAAAGACCUUGAGAAUCUGGGGGCUACUGUUAUCGAGACUGACUUUCCCUUAUUCGAGAACUACACCAGACAAGACUUCCCUGGCCAAGGCAUGAAUGUCGCCGGCCUUUCGCAGGAUUGGGCGGCGCGUGAACGAUGCGACAUGAUUGCCUUGAGUUGGGACAACUUCCUCCGCAGCAAUGGCGAUGAAAAGCUACCAGACUUCACCUUCGCCGAGCUCGACAAGAUUCACCCACAUAUUGCUCCCAUGGAUGACCCCUCACAGCACACUGAAUCGCAGAACCAGGUCCGCUACGAAGAUAUGGUCGCCGUGGUAAAGCAGCGAGGAAAAUUCGGUCUCAUUGACCUGCCCGGGUGUGAGUCCGCCCUCAAAGCUUUAGAAGCAAUGCGAGAGAGGGACUUGGAAGAAUGGAUGGCCGAGAAUAAGUACGACGUUGUGGUGUUUCCGACCAACGGCGAUGUCGCCUUGGCCGACUCGGACGAGAACUAUGAAUCCAUGCUUGACGCGUUAAGAGACGGCGUCAAAUACGCAAAUGGCGGUCGUUCUUUGAAGCACCUUGGAGUUCCCUGCAUCACCAUCCCAAUGGGGACCCUUGCAGAGGAGAAGAUGCCGGUCGGACUCACUUUCUGUGGCGGGGCAUAUCAGGACUCCAACCUCUUGAAAUACGCCUUUGCAUAUGAGGCUAUGUCGAGGCGCCGAGAAAGUCCACCUUUGGCGCCGUCAUUGCUGUCGGAUGAGAUACCACUCCAAAGUACCAGUCCUCCAUUAGCCUCUUCAACCAAGCCAGUGUUGAAGAUUUUGUCAACAAAGUCAAUCAGUGAAGAGAGUAAUGAACUAGAAGCCCGUGUGAUCACGGUUACUGGAACUUGCCAUUUAGCAAGCUCACUGAGAGCCUUUACGAAUGGCGAGCCAUCGUCUCUUGUAUCCUGGGAAGGCAACAACUGGACAUGGACGGCUCGCCUCACUCGGCCUAAGAUUGGGGACAAAUAUCCGCCACUGGCGAAGGUUCCAAGGGACCAAUUUAUGAUUGUCUUUGUUGCGAAGGCCAAUAAUGGCCGAGCAGCCGGCUCAUUAAUUUUGGUUGAUUAA